GAGCCAACCCCCUUAACCCUUUCAACCACAUUCCACCCCUAAUAUCCUACGCCCCUCCUACGCCCCUCUCUCCCCUCCUCCAACAACAACGAUAAAUUCCUCUGACUUGAGUUUAUGAUAAAUUUUUUUUUUACUCUGUACAAAUCCCCAGCAUCCCAAAAAGAUUCUUCCCCAGACACAAUCUCGCAACAUGUGGACAGGCCGAAUGCCUACCGCUGGGCACGCCCCAAGUACGCCUCCUAGACACCCUCAGAUAUCGCGAGGGAAUAGUUUAGAGGAACGGGUCAGAGGAAUGAUCAUUAGUAAUUCGCCCAGUUAUCGUCAAAAUAGCCAGGACCUCUCACCAGGGCAUCCUACACCACUAGUGCCACUUACUCCACACACCCAGGAUCAGUUUUACAAGGAGCAAGAUUACAGUAUUCCAUUUCCACCAGAAAACCCUGGGUUUGAUUCUCAGCUUUUACCAAUCAAUCCUUCCCCUCAAGUAUCUGGUCCUCAAGCACUAGGCUCGCAGUUUGGGGCACCACUUCCGCCAGUCCAUUCGACACACUUGUCGCCAUCUCACGGACCGCCUUUUGCCCUCGGAGAGCAGCCGCAGCAAACAGUACCGCUAUUACCACAGAAUCAGCCUCCGAAUCUCUCCUCGAUCUCGGCCCUUCAAGAUCAGCGACAUAUGGGCCCUACUAUGCAACAGUAUCCCGCGCCUCAACGCCUCCACCAACAGCCAUCGGUCCCAAAUAGACAGGUUAAACCACGGGGAUAUCCGUGGACUGGUGGCAGAAGGCCUCAAUUUCGACACGGUCCUCAGCGCAACAGCCUCAAUUCGGGCGUCUGUUCCCAUCCUCCUCUGCCCGCAGAUGGUCUCGAUCAGUUUCCCCCCCUUGGAACGGAGCACCUCAAAAACGUUCUACCCAAACCUCCUUCUCCAUCUAAAUCGCCCCAAACAAAUGCGCAGGAACAAACUCAACAUAGAACACAGUAUCAAUCAUUUCCAUUGCAGAGCCGUCCGCCCUCUCAGCGGAAACCAGCGUUUCGAAACCCUCAAUUGUCUCCACAGGCGGGGAAAAGCCGAACGCCUCCCCUCAACUUAGAGCAGAUGAUCUAUGAGCAGAACACCAAUCUCCAGGUAUUUGCUAGGGAGAUUAUUGCGACCGCUACACCAACCCCAGAAGAAUUAGCCGCCCAAAACCAGCACUUGAAAAAAUGUAGGGCGAUCUGCCGAAGAAUCUGCCCAGAAGGCGAAUUGGUUCCCUUUGGGAGUCUAGUUACUGGAUUCGCAAUAACUAAGUCUGAUCUUGAUGCCGUUCUCACAUCUCCCUAUCCGGAGGACCUUUUCAGUACCCCUAACAAGAUUGACGAGUCCAAUUCUCUUCCGCAAAAUCUGGCGAAAGAAUUUCAGUCUGAGGGAUUCGAGGCUACGUUACUCUUAAAGACCCGUGUACCUAUACUGAAGCUAGCACUGAAGGCUACAGAUGAGAGCUCAUUUGAUUUGAAUUGCGACAUUGGAUUUAAUAACGACCUGGGGGUGCACAAUACCAGGAUGCUGCAAACAUAUAGUCGAUGCGAUCCAAGAGUCAGGGAAAUGGUUCUUUUUAUAAAGUGGUGGGCCAAGAGAAGACAUAUCAAUAGCCCGUACCGUGGUACCCUAUCUUCUUACGGCUACGUUCUCAUGAUCAUCCAUUUUCUGAUCAAUGUGGUUGACCCCCCUGUUUUGAUCAAUCUGCAGAAUACCCCGAUCCCCGAAGAUGUACCGCCUGACCAGAUAUUUGAUGAGGGUGGUGAAGGCGAGCAUCAGAUUUGGUACGCUAAAGAUAUCGAAAAUCUUCCCAAGACCGCGAAUCAGAUGCAUGUCGGCCAGCUCCUACACAGCUUCUUCGAAUAUUAUUCAUAUAAGUUCCAAUGGGGAAGGGAGGUCAUCUCCAUCCGGACCCAAGGCGGCAUAUUUAGUAAGCAAGAGAAGGGUUGGGUUGCGGCUGUGAUUAGGCCAGGGAGGAGCGGGCAUACUCAGAUAAAAGAUAGAUACUUGUUUACCAUCGAGGACCCUUUCGAAACCAGCCACAACGUGGGCAGAACGUGCAAUCCCCCCGGGGUAGACAGGAUUCGAGCAGAGUUCAAAAGAGCUGUGAGCAUUAUAAGGUUUCGCGAUGGUGGGAAGUCAAUGAGGGAGCUUUUGUGCCAGGAGGCACCGCCAGAGAAGCCAUGGGUCAGGAAGGAAGAUGACGAGAGGAUGGGUGGGAAAUCUGAUCCGGAUCAAGACGCUAACAGAGAGAUGAGCACUGAUACCAACUGA